AGGCUACUGCUCAGGUGGAGACACCUGCUUAUCGGCUUAUCAGCAUGGGUCCCUUUCAAAAAAAGUUGAUGGAGCAGAUCUAUGGCUGGAAGCUUGAGUAACGCCUACUGGGUAUCAUACCUACAGCAAAGCGAAUUUGCUGCAUUUUGAUCUUCGCGUGGACGCACUUUUUCACAAUGGGUACUGGAAAUCGGCUUAAGCACCAGGGCAUACCAGAGCCACUGUCUGAAGCGCAUAUUGCGAAACUUAAGCGCAAAGCUGGAUUGCCUGUCGACGAUGUCCCAGAGACGAAGAAGCGGAAGUCGCAAAACGGCAAAGCUAGUAUCAAGGCCAAUGGAAAAUCUAAACCUGCGAAAGCGCCCCAAGCUCUCCCUUUGCGCAAUGGCAAAGUAGUGAAACCGAAGUCCAAGAAAAGCAAGCCUGAACCCGAAUUAGACGUCGACGAUAUGAGCGAGGGUAUUGGAGGCGGGUUCAGCGACGAAGACAUGUCGGAUCUGGAGGAGGCUGGGCUUAAGGACGAUUUCUUAGGCUCUGAUGACUCAGUUUACGACUCGGAGGGAGAGGGCGCGGACGAUCGCAGAGCUAUGUUCUCUGAGGACGAAGACGACUCUGACGCGGAGGAGAAACUCACGGCUGCUAACAUUGUUGGCCUUUCCCGGAAAUUGGACAAGGAGAAAGCCGAAGAAGAAGCCGAACUUCAAGAGACGCUGCAGACCAACAUCGACAUCCCUCACGUUCUCGAAGACGGAGCCGAAGAGAAUAAGGCAUUGCUGGCUCCCGAUUUACAGCUCUUGAGGCAACGAAUAACCGAUACUGUCCGUGUGUUAGAGGACCUGAAAAAUUUGGCGGAGCCGGGCACUUCUCGAUCAGAGUAUACUGCGCAAUUGUUGAAAGAUAUUUGCGCAUACUAUGGUUAUUCAGAAUUUCUCGCUGAAAAGCUGCUGAAUUUGUUCCCGCCGAGAGAAGCUCUCGCUUUUUUUGAUGCCAAUGAAACUCCUCGCCCUAUCGUCAUAAGAACAAACACUCUCAAGACCUCCAGGAGAGAGCUCGCCUCAGCCCUUAUCAACCGUGGUGUAACGCUUGAGCCAGUCGGCAAAUGGUCUAAGGUUGGCCUCCAAGUAUUCGAAUCAAAUGUCCCCUUGGGAGCUACGCCCGAGUAUCUUGCCGGGCAUUAUAUUCUUCAAGCGGGAAGCAGUUUUCUACCUUGCAUGGCUUUAGCACCUCAAGAGGGAGAGAGAAUAUUGGAUAUGGCCAGUGCCCCUGGUGGCAAGACCACAUACCUAGCGGCGAUGAUGAAGAAUACUGGAUGCAUAUUUGCAAACGAUCCUUCCAAGACGCGAUCACGCGGUUUAAUAGGAAACAUUCACAGACUUGGAGUCAGGAAUGUUGUUGUCUGCAAUUAUGAUGCUCGAGAAUUCCCGCACGUCAUAGGCGGUUUUGAUCGCGUUUUGCUUGAUGCACCGUGUACAGGAACAGGUGUCAUCGCAAAGGAUCCCUCCGUAAAAACCAAUAAAGGUCCUCAGGAUUUCAUCUCGAUACCUCACACCCAAAAGCAAUUGCUUUUGGCGGCUAUCGACUCGGUGAACCAUGCUGGCACUGGCGGUUUCAUAGUAUAUUCCACUUGUAGCGUCAGCGUCGAAGAAAACGAAAUGGUCGUCCAAUAUGCUUUGAAGAAGAGGCCGAACGUCAGAUUGGUGUCCACUGAGUCCGAAAUCCCCUUCGGGACGCCCGGAUUUACGUCGUACCAGGGUAAAACCUUUGACAAGAGUUUAAGUCUCACUCGCCGAUUUUAUCCACAUACUUUGAACAUGGACGGCUUCUUUGUCGCCAAGUUCCACAAGAUAGGGCCAACACCCGCGAACUUGAUCAGGAACGGGGCUGAGUCGGCUCCGAAACAACAAGAAGUAAUUGACAAAACUCCUAUCCUGGCCGACGACAAGACUCCUGCUCAGGCUGUGGUGGAUGAUGAUUUUGGCGGGUUUGAUGAUGACGAAGACGCCGAAUAUAUGCAGCGUGCAAAGCGAAAUGCGAUGCGAAAGCGAGGUCUUGACCCCAAGGCUCUCGAGAAGCCUAAAGCCAAAACCAAGGCGAAGAGUGAAAGCUCGGAAGUCAAGAGCAAGGCAAAACCCACGAACGGCAGUAAAGCAAAGAGCAAGAGUAAAGCAUAGAUAUCUAACUAAUAUUGGCCAUUUACUGGUUUGACAUUAAACUUCUUCAUACCAAUGUCAACGUUCUAUCUCUUGCC